AUGGGUAGUGAGGAUAGUUUCCUAGUGCUGAUACAUCACAGAGGGUCGAUUAAGAAGAAAACUCGGUCCAGCGUGAAGUUCACUGAUAAGGAUCCCCUAUGUAUUAUCGUGAGGCCGACAACCACCUACGAUGCUCUUGUUAGCUCUGUGCUGGAGAAGCUUGGUCUCGAAGGAGUUAAAAGGGUUAAGAAGUUUUUCUAUCGCAUUCCAACGGCGAUGCUCCAUGAUACUGUGAAGUAUGAUUGUUCCACGAUUGGGAGUGAUGAGGACUUGCAGGUUAUGUUUUUUUGUCGUAGGCAGUUUCCCGAGGUAAGGACACCAGAGUUGUUGGCAAAGUUGGUUGAUGUGGUAUCUAGCUCGGGUGGUUCGAACCGGAAUGCCAAUACUAUAGCCGCGGUUGCCGGCUCGAGCUCGAGACCUGGGGUUGCUUCAUCCUCCGUUCCUGUGUAUGAGCCACCGAUGCAGCCUGUUGCCUCCCCUUCGUUUGCCGUUGAUCUGAGCGGCAAUGUUGGAGACGAGGUUCGAUAUGCAGAACAUGUUCCCACCGAAGUGCAUUGUCCUACACCGGCUGGUGUUGGUGAGGGUUUAUUUGAUGAUGCAGAUGACGAUGACGUCGAGCCGGAUAUGAUCGUUGAUGACAGCGGCGAUGAUCUUGGAACUACUGAUCCGAGAAGGGCUACAGGUGGAUCUAGUUCUGGCACACAGCAGUACCCACCCCAUUUUUCAUCGUUGGACAUGGAUGCCAUGAGGCAGGUCGAAUAUCCUUUGCAGGCCUCUGGAUUUGGUGCCAGAGAUACGGAAGGGUCUGCCGGUAUGACGGAGUUCCAGGUUGGCCAACAAUUUCAGGAUAAAGAUGACGCGUUGUUGAGUGUGAAGACUUACAGCAUCCGCCGAGGGAUCCAGUACAAGGUCGUUGAGUCUGACUACCGCAGGUAUGUGGGAAAGUGUUCUGAGUUUGGGAAUGGGUGCACAUGGUUAAUUCGGUUGAGCCUCCGACAGCGGAAGGGCAUCUGGGAAGUGAAGCGGUACAACGGACCGCAUACCUGUCUCGCCACCUCCAUCUCCAGCGACCAUAGGAGUCUGGACUACCAUGUGAUAGCGACAUUCAUUAUGCCGAUGGUUAGGGCUGAUGCCGCCGUCAACAUCAAGGUGCUUCAAAAUACCACGGCCGCACACUUUGGGUUCAGGCCAACGUACAGGAGGGUAUGGAUGGCGAAGCAGAAGGCCGUUGCUGUCAUAUAUGGGGACUGGGAUGAGUCGUACAACGAGCUCCCUCGGCUGUUCUGGACUUUCCCCCCUUAUAUCGAGGCAUUCCGUCAUUGCAAGCCGUUGGUGAGUAUUGACGGCACCCAUCUAUUUGGCAAGUAUGGGGGAACGUUGCUAGUUGCGAUUGCACAGGACGAAAACUCCAACAUACUCCUCGUGGCAUUUGCACUAGUUGAGGGUGAGAAUGAUGAGUCAUGGUCUUUCUUUCUUUCCCAUCUCUGUGAGCACGUGACACCUCAACCGGGUUUGUUAGUUAUUUCAGAUAGGCAUAACGGCAUCAAGGCAGCCCUCGAGGCUCCCGAUGGGGGAUGGCUACCUCUGGCUGCAUACAGGGCAUUCUGCAUUUGA